CUUUUAUUCAAUACUUGUCUUGUUUUCAGAACAAAUAUAAAAAGAAAAAAUGUUCGCGAGCUUAAAAAGUAAAAUUAAGGAAGAAACUGGCAGCGACAUUAGCAAAUUGACUAGUAGCUGGCGAAGCGGGGCCUUUUUAGGGCGAAUAACAUUAAGGGAUGACUCGUCCACAACAAGUCCAUCAACAUCAGGAGGUCCCGGAGAUUCAACAUCAGACUCCAUAUCACCACAAUUACAAACCUACUUAUCAGACCGCACUGGUGGUGAAGUAGACCAAGCAGCUCUUCAACAACAGUAUGCUGAACAGUUAGAGAUUAAAUUAAGAGAUAGAGAUUUGUACUGGGAACAGAAAAUUGAAGAACUGAAACUUUCAUUAGCUACUGUUCAAGGCGAAGAAGCACUUGCAGCGCAAGCUGUUGCACGAACGGCUCAAGCCGAGGCCUCCACAGCAAAUACAGCCCGAGAUGCAGCUGAAAAGCAACUCAGUGAACUGAGAGCGCGACUUGCAGCUGCAGAGAAUGCUCAGGACAAACUCGAUACACUAACUGAGGAGGUGGAGCAGUGCCGGCGCGAGUGGGCGCGCGAGCGCGGCGAGCUGGUGGGCGCGCUGGGCGCGGCCGAGGCGCGCGCGCGGGACGCGGCCGACGCGCUCGAGGUGCUGCGCGCCGCGCUGCCGCCGCCGCACCCGCAGCACCACAUGCACGACGACGACAAGCGAGAAGUGAAAGCGACGGGUUGCGACGAGUUCGACCGCGUGUGUCGCGAGCGUGCGGUGCUGACGCGGCAGCUGCAGGAGGCCAAGAUGGCGCUGGCCGACGUCAAGACCUCGUGGAGCGGCCAGAUCGCCUCCUUGGAGACUCAGGUGGCACGCGUGUCGCGCCAAGCGGGGGAGGAGGGCGCCGAGAGGCGGAGGGUCGAGAUUGAGAAAAAGGAAUUACAGGAGAAAAUAGAUAACUUGUCCGUCGAACUGGAAAAAACAAAACAAAAUCUUGCCAAUAGUGAAGCUAAGGUGUGGCGGCUGAGCGCGGAGGCGCAGGCGCAGUCGCGCGAGCUGCGGGCCCUGCGCGCGCACACAGCCGACAUGACAGCUGAACUCGAGAGCCGUAUCGAAGUACUGACCGAGGAGAACCGAGAACUAACCGAGGCACUCGAAAACGAACGGACACUAGUCAAGAUAUUACGAGAGAAGAUCGACAAGUCCAACCGGCUCUACGACGAACAGAAGGUUGAGGUCAACCACCUUAACUCUAUGAUGACGGACAUGCAACACGACUAUGUUGAUAUACAGAGGAAAUUCGACAAAGAGAAAAGAGAGAAGGACGAAGCUCUGCUACGCAACGCCCACAUGUCUCAGAACAUCGAGAUGAGCCAGUGCAACGUGCGGUACCUGGAGACUGAAAUAGUUGAUCUGAAAACUAAAAUCACUGAACUGGAAGGUGUCAUUGCGCAGCACAAAGAAAACCAAGCUGAGUGUAUGAUAAUAAAAGAAAACGAGACGACUAGAUUAAAAGAAAUGGAAGAGUUGAAGAGAAAUAUUGAGGUUUUUACGGAGAGCGAGAGCGCUCUUAAGAGAAACAUACAAGACUUACAAACCGAAAUCUGUGAUAAGAAUAAGAAAAUAAAGACUUUAGAUAAUCGAAUAUCAGAUAUGAAGAAAACUCUCCAGAGAGAAUUACAGAGUAGCAAGUCCGAUCUCUCAUCUGCAGAAGAACAAGACAUAAGUAGACGGUACCUGAAGCACGUGGUGCUGCGCUUCCUGACGUCGCGCGAGCUGGAGGCGCGGCAGCUCACGCGCGCGCUGGCGGCGCUGCUGCGGCUGUCGGCGCACGAGGAGGCGCUGCUGCGCGAGGCGCUGCCCGCGCGCUCCGGCCUCGCCGCCUGGUUCCCCUCGCUCAGCGCCUGAGGCCCGCCCGCCGCGGCCUCCGCAGCGGUACUACAGUAUUAAGGCAGUAGCUGACACGCAAUUAGAGAGAAAUAUAACGUCAUUUGAAAUUAAAAAAUCACAACAUUCGAUUUAAACGAUGCACUGCACUCGAGACGAUCGGGCGAGAUUCAUUCAUAGAUUAUAUUUGCCCCGUGGAAAACCGGAGAGGACAUAAAUGUGCAAUAAAAUGUUUGAUUAAAACGUUACGCAUACGUUGUGGAAUUGAACAUUAGUAUAGAAACAUUUAAAACGAUGAUUACAAACAAAUGAUACAUCUUAAAACGGAUUUAGAUUAACAUGGGAUGCCCGAGACGCAAUCAAACUGAGCUUUAACGUCGUUCGGACCUGUUUCUAUUUGUUCUUAAAUGAUUUAUUAUCUCUCGUUCGCUUACUUAUUUUGUGAUAUUUAUGGUUUAAAAGUUAUUUACAAUUUUAAGAUUAAAUAUUUUUAUUUUUACAUUCCUUUGUAUUUUUUAGAUAUUUCGCGUUUGUAACGUUUGUGAAAUUGAAACAUGUAUAUUAACGGAUCCCGACUGCAAUAACAACUUGUUAAAUAUAUACAUAACAAUCGUAAAAUGUACUUUGUAAAUUUUUACUUUUGUAUUUAAUCAUGUAGUAACAUUGAAUACAAGGAUUACUAUAAAUGUUUGAAAUUUAUGCCUUAAUAGUUGCUAGUCAGAAUAAAUAUGUACAGUUCGUAAUUGUAUUAAGUAUAAUUGUUAACAGUUGAAGUUCAGGGACGGCUUCAAAUAAAACUUUGUAUUCUUAUUAAAAAUGUUAAAGCAACCACUGCCGCUAUGUAAUGUCAUUGACUCAAAUAAUGCUCUGUAUAAUUCAAAUUUCAAAUCAUCAUUUCAAUAAAUUUAGAAUUAUCGUUUUUUUUUUUUGGGUAUUAGAAAAGAAACAGUUUAAUUUUAUAGAUCUGCGUAAUUUAUAAUUACUUUUAUACCAAAUCCAUGCAGUCUAAUGGAACACAUUUAAAUGCCUACUGACAAUGUACAUUCGGCAAUUAUACAUAAAUAAUUCAAUUAGUAUUUAGUUUAUUUUCCAUGUAUUUUCAUACGAACUUUUUGCAAACAAUAAAAAAAAAAUCGGUAACAGUCGGUACAUACAAAUAUAUAGUUUUAAAAAUCGAAUAUAACGAAAUAUAUACCAAACUGUGUUACAUAUAAACAUGAUCUGAUACACUUAGCUGUAGCUACUAGUACUACACGUUUGUAGAUAUGGUAACAAUUCAAAGAUCUUGUGUAAAUUAUUCUAGUCUUAAUCUUCUCGAAAUUGUGAGUUGAAUAUGAAACUUAUGAUGUUUUAUUUUGACAGAUGAAUUGAAAGCAGUUUCACCGUUUUUUGUUUUCUGAAAAGUAUUUCGAAUCAAUGUAUUUUUUUCAUAUUAUAUUUAUUGUUUGUUGUUUUAAAGGUAAUGUAGCUUUUAUUUUUAUUAUUUAAA